AUGGAUGGCCGGGAUGCUCAAAAGAUGUUUGACUUGUAUAUUCAUGAUUACAUGGUCAGGAACAACAUGCACACAAGUGCUGAUAUUUUCGCCAGGGAGGCUGAAGUUAUUCCAAACGCUCGUGUCAUAAUUUUGAAUGAUUUUAUUUGGUUUUUCUUAGCAAUCAAUCCUCGGAAAGAACUUUUAACAGACUGGUGGUCCUUAUUUUUGGAUGUAUACAAUGCUAGAGCUGGAGCUGGAGCUGGAGCUGCGAGGCAUUCUCAGACUCCAGGAGCAUCCUCAUCUAAGCAGUUUGCAACUAUUGAAGCUCACCUCCAACGAGAUUUUAUGCCAGACUUGGCAGUACAAACAUCAGGAAAACUGGAAUUGUCAGCCUCUAGAAAUUCAACCAAUCUGGGCAAUCCUAUACCCAUUGAUGAAAGUUUAAAUUGGAAACAUUUACAAAGUGGAAAGAAUGUCGCGGAGGAAGAACCCUUCGAUGUUGACUGCUUUUUCAAUGAUAAUCCAGAUGACAUGAGCACUUUGCCACAUAGUUCUCCAGCAUGUGAUAAAACUGAACAAAAAGGCCAGUGCCUCUCUUUUGAAGAAGUUGAAAGCUUCCAAACUAAAACCAAGCUUAGAUGUUGCCAUUUUGCAGCAUCGGGAAAGUUAUUAGCUGCUGCUGGGCAUGAUAGUAAGGUACUGAUUUGGAAUCUGGAAUCUCUUUCAACGAAUAUAAUAAAAGGAUAUUCACUUCUCAUCACAGACAUCCGUUUCAAACCAAAUUCAACCGUUUUUGCAACAUCUUCGGUUGAUAGAGUAGUGCAACCGACAAAAUCAAAUUCUAGGCUUGUUGGGCAUGCUAAAUCUGUGAUGUCAUUGGAUUUUCACCCAACAAGGGUCAAUAUCCUCUGCUCUUGCGAUAGCAAUGAUGAGAUUCGAUUGUGGAAUGUCAACGAAUCUGCUUGCAUUCACGCUUUUAAGGGAGCAAAUAGACAAGUUAGAUUCCAACCUCAAUCUGGGAACCUUUUGGCUGCUGCUACAGGAAAUGUUAUCAAUAUGAUUGAUGUUGAGACUAGCACCAUCCAGUACCGGUUAGAGGGACAUACCAAAGAUGUUCGCUCCAUGUGUUGGGAUACCAGUGGCAGAUACAUGGCUUCUGUCAGUGAAGACUGUGCACGCAUAUGGUCAAUUGAAGCAGGCGGAAAAUCUGUGCAUCAGUUGCAGUCCAGUGAAAAUAAAUUUGUGUCCUGCACGUUUCAUCCUGGGUAUUCACUAGUCCUGGCCAUUGGUUCUUACCAGUCACUUCAAAUCUGGAAUCCAAUGGAUGGCAGCAAAAUGUGGACCCAUCGUGCGCACGAGGGAAUAGUUUCUGCAUUGACAAAUACCUCUGUGAAUCAUAGGAUUGCCUCAGUGAGCAACGAUUCGUGGAUGAAGGUGUGGGAAUAG